UGUUGGGCUGGAGAAUUCGCGACGAUGGCGACGACGGCUCGGUGCUGGAAAGGGACGCAGUGAAGCUGGCCUCGGCUCGGAUAUGACUAAUGUUUAUUUGAUCGAGGUCUAUUUGCUGCUUAGUAAUUGCACGGGCUUCGGAUGAAUCUUUGGCUGCUAACUUCUCAGCGCUCCUUUCCCUGAUUUCCAUGUCUUACUUGUGAGAGUUUCCAAACAGGAUCAUCAGGACUGCUCAUCGUCCGUUACUGAUUGUCUGUGACUGGUCCAGGCCGGAGUUCCUCGUUGGGUGACCCACACUCCUUCUCAGGGGCCAUGGAGGAGGAGGGGCAGCAGAGCUUGGAGUGUAUCCAGGCCAAUCAGAUCUUCCCCAAGAAGUCCCCCGUCCUAGAGGAGGAAAACAUGCAGGUGCCCUUUCCUGAGCUGCACGGGGAGUUCACAGAGUAUGUGGGGAGAGCAGAGGACGCCAUCAUCGCAACGUCCAACUACCGCCUACACAUCAAGUUCAAAGAGUCCGUUGUCAACGUUCCUCUUCAGCUCAUAGAGUGCGCUGAGUGUCGGGAUAUGUUCCAGCUUCAUGUCACCUGUAAGGACUGCAAAGUUGUCAGGUGUCAGUUCUCCACCUUUGAGCAGUGUCAGGAAUGGUUGAAACGCCUCAAUACAGUAGUGCGCCCUCCCUCUCGCCUCGAGGACCUCUUCUCCUUCGCCUUCCACGCCUGGUGCAUGGACGUGUAUGCCGGUGAGAAGGAGCAGCACGGCGAGCUGUGCAGACCAGGCGAACACGUGACCUCCUGGUUCAAGAAUGAGGUGGAGAGGAUGGGCUUUGACACUCAAAACGCCUGGAGGAUAUCUGACAUCAACAGCAAGUUCCGGCUUUGCCCCAGCUAUCCUCAGCAGCUCUUGGUGCCAGCCUGGAUCACUGACAAGGAGUUGGAAAAUGUGGCAGCCUUCCGCUCCUGGAAGAGGUUUCCUGCUGUGGUUUAUAGGCACCAGACCACAGGGGCUGUGAUUGCCCGCUGUGGCCAGCCAGAGGUCAGCUGGUGGGGCUGGAGGAACGCCGAUGACGAGCACCUUGUCCAGUCCAUCGCCAAGGCCUGCGCCGUGGACAGCAGCUCCCGCAAACACCUUUCCAACGGCAGCUACACCAACGGCUCCGACCUGCCUGAUACUGACUUUGAAUCCUCAAUAACUAACAGCUCAGAGGUGGAGACGUUGGCCAUCCAGCCCCACAAGUUACUGAUCCUGGACGCCAGGUCCUACGCUGCUGCCGUAGCUAACAGGGCCAAGGGGGGAGGCUGCGAAUGCCCAGAGUACUAUCCCAACUGUGAGGUGGUGUUUAUGGGUAUGGCCAACAUCCACUCCAUCCGCAAGAGUUUCCAGUCUCUGCGUUUCCUCUGCACUCAGAUGCCUGAUCCAGCCAACUGGCUUUCUGCACUGGAGAGCACCAAGUGGCUGCAGCAUCUGUCUCUGCUGCUGAAGGCGGCACUGCUAGUGGUCAACGCUGUGGACCGAGACCACAGGCCUGUCCUGGUGCACUGCUCUGACGGCUGGGACCGGACACCUCAGAUUGUUGCUUUGUCCAAGCUGCUGCUGGACCCUUACUACCGCACUAUUGAGGGCUUCCAGGUUUUGGUGGAGACUGAGUGGCUGGACUUUGGCCAUAAGUUUGCUGACCGAUGCGGCCAUGGAGAAAACUCUGAGGACCUUAACGAACGCUGCCCAGUCUUCCUGCAGUGGCUGGACUGUGUUCACCAACUGCAGAGGCAGUUCCCAUGCUCCUUUGAGUUUAAUGAGGCCUUCCUGGUGAAACUGGUUCAGCACACCUACUCCUGUCUAUUCGGCACCUUCCUGUGCAACAGUGGUAAGGAGAGGGAGGACCGCCACGUUCAGGAGAGGACCUGCUCAGUGUGGUCGCUGCUUAGACCGGCCAAUCGCACUCUGAGGAACAUGCUCUACUCAUCCCACUCCGAGACUGUUCUGCACCCAGUGUGUCACGUACGCAACCUGAUGCUGUGGACGGCGGUCUACCUGCCCAGCUCCUCCCCCACCACCCCCUCUGAUGACUCCUGCGCCCCGUAUCCUGUGCCUGGUGGCAAUCCUGAGGACACGCCCCUGGCCAGACGUACAAAGACUCGUUCCUUCGACAACUUGCCCAGUGCAUGUGAGCUGGGAAGCGCAUUGGCUCCUAACCGCCGCUCCAGUGACCCGAGCCUCAAUGAGAAAUGGCAGGACCACCGGCGCUCUCUGGAGCUCAACAUGGCAGUGGGGCCCGAAGAGGGGGGCAACCAGGAUCAGGAGGUGCGGCCUAACGGAGUGGGGCCAUACCCAGAUGGAGCGGACUCUGAGCUGGACGACAGCCCGCAGCCCCAGGGCUCACACGCUGAGCUCGGACAGGGGACCUCUGUGAGCCCAGCAGAAACAGGAGAGGAAGCAGAGGAGGCAGAGCUCUCUGUUGCUGUGGGCAUGGCCGAGGGCCAGAUGGAGAACAUCCUUCAGGAGGCCACUAAGGAGGAGGCGGGAGCAGAUGUUCAGAAAGAGGGAAGUGCUGCUGUCACACAUGUCAAUAACACUGUUGACAGAGAGGUGGAGGAAGAAGCAAACAUUGAGAAGGAUGAUCAGUGUGCUGAGGUCAAUGGGACUGAGACCCAGAGAGAAGCAUUUGCCAAUGGUCACCAUCCAGAAAAUGGCGUAAUGGAGAAGGAGGAGGUGGAUGGUGAGUCUCCCCCUCUCCCCACACAGAAGGCAGAGGAGCUGAAUCAACAGACAGCUGAGGUGACUCAGACACCAGAGGAUCUGGUGAAGCAGGAUGUAGAGAACUCUUCUGUACAAGAGGAGCUUGCACAUGGGCCAAGUGAGUCUGGCUCAGGUGAGCCAGAGCAGCCUAAAGCCCACAGAACUAUAACUAACGGCUUUGUGGACAGCUCACCUGAAGAGCCAGGUGUAGAUGAGGAGACCUGCCCUGACUCUGAGUCUGACCACGGUGUCUCAGAGCCGGGGGAGCAGUUGGAUAAGAGGGCCUCCCUGAUGGAAAGCUCUACAGAGACUUUAACUGAAGAGGCCUGCGGCAGGUUGGAGCUACCAGCUCAGCCGCCUGUUUGUCCAAGUCGUCAGCCCUGCAGUGACGACAGGAGCCAACUGCCCUGCUCCAGGAAAGAGAAAGGACUGGAGACAGGCGAGCAUGGCUUUAUCAGAACUUUAAAUGGGGGCAGCAAGCGACCCUCUGUCAGUGCCUUUCAAUCUGUGAGUGCUGACCUCAGCAGGGAUGGGCUGUGUAACGGCGACAGCUCAGAGGCGGAGCCCUGCGGAGGACCUCACUGGGCAAAAGGGAAUGGGGAGAAGGCCCCUCUUAGUCGACAGGUAUCCCUAGCAAGCUGCAACUCCCUGAUCCUCCAUCCGCGGGGCAGCUGCUCCCAGCACCGCUGGUGCCACGCCCUGCUAAGCCGGGCUGCCAUCAGCCCGGAGCAGCCAUCCCGCAGCCAUCUGGACGACGACGGGCUGACGCUGCACACAGAUGCCAUCCAACAGAGGUUGAGGCAGAUCGAGGCGGGACACCAGAUGGAGGUGGAGACUCUGAAGAAGCAAGUGCAGGAGCUAUGGAGCCGCUUGGAGAAUCAGCAGCACGCCGGCUCCCACAGGAUCAACGGAGACAUGGGAGACGAAGUGACCUCAAUGACAGACUCUGAGUACAACCUGGACCCCAACUGUUUGUCGCGCUGCAGCACAGAGCUCUUCUCUGAGGCCAGCUGGGAGCAGGUGGACAAGCAGGACACUGAGGUGACUCGCUGGUACCCAGACCAUUUGGCAGCCCAGUGUUACGGCUGUGAGAGCAGGUUCUGGCUCGCCACCAGGAAACAUCACUGCAGUGGCAGGGAGCCUGUCCAGGAGGUCUGGAACUGCGGUAACGUGUUCUGUGCCAGCUGCUGCGACCAGAAGAUCCCAGUGCCAAGCCAGCAGUUGUUUGAGCCCAGCCGUGUCUGUAAGACCUGCUACAGCAACCUCCAGCUCAGCCCGGCCCCCCUGGACAUGGAGCUGGAGAAACCCAUCACGGCCAGCUCCAACUGAGUUUCAGAGGACCGGGACAGGACGGGAAGUCUGGCUAAGCCACCAGCUGCUGACACCGAUGCACCGCUGAAGAGCACAGGAGCUACACAGAAUGUCCCAUGUACUUUAUGUGUGUGUGUGUGCUGCAGAUAUGGAAUUU